AUGCUGAGUGGCCACGCCGUGACACUGAGCGAGAGGAGCGCCUCCGGUACGCGCUUGGUCGAGGAUGUAGCGCGCGAGGCAGGCGAUGAGGAGGAGGAGGCGGACGCCGCCGCGAGAGUUGUGUACCGGGCCUCGUUCCAAGAGCUCAUGCCCAACUACCUUCAGUACGACACCAUCAUCUGGGCACUCAUAUCCCUGCUGCUUGUCCUGGCGUGGGGGAUCGGGAUGCUCCUGCUUCUCUACCUCCCGUACAAGAGAUACGUGCUGAAGAGGGACAUCCUGUCCCGCCAACUCUUUGUCACCGAGAAUAAGAUAGUGUACAAGGCGACUAGGCCUUCGUACUUGCCAUUCAUGGGGAUAGUUAAGAAAGAGAUUAAAGUACCUCUCCAUUUGAUUGUUGAUGUUAUAAUUGAGCAAGGCUGUCUACAAUCUGCUUACAGCUUAUACACGUUUAGAAUAGAAAGCAUAGCCCAUGGGAAACCUGCUCCAGUGGAUGAAUUGCAAUUUCAUUGUGUCCAUAAUCCAGAUUUUCUAAGAAAGGUUGUAAUCAGAGAAGCUUCCAGGAGCAUCAGAGAAGUCCAAAGUUCGAAAACUACAUCGUACUCCGAGGAAGGCCCUUCUCAUAUUCCAACUAGUGGAUUACACUCACCUAGUGCAAAGGUUAAAGCUUCCCCAAUCCGCGCUGCCCUUGAUUCUAAGGGUAAAAUCCCUGACAAUAUAUUGCUCCAUAAGAUUGAAGAACUUAAUCGAUCAGUGAAGAAUCUUGAGUCUCUACUCGUAGGAUCACAUAGAAGAGAAUGA